CACACUUUCAACCCAUUUGCAUCUCUUCUUUCUCAACUUCUCUUUCAUUUUCCUUUUUUUUUUGUUACAACCUUUUCCUCAGCCUACAGACUACAGAGAUAACAUACAUACACCAUGGACAAUCAUCAGCGUCAACAGCAGUAUCAUCCAGUGAUCGAUACUCUAGAAAAGACUCGCCAAGAGCAUCAUGAGGAACCCUUCCCUCACUCUCCUCCAGAAAACCGACCUUCUGUGACACGUACUCCUAGCGGUCGUCUCUUGGGAAGGACCGGCGCAGAUGUAGUCGACCAAGUUGUGCAACAAGCCGAGGCUAUCCAUCUUUCAGAUCCAGCGUCGGAUUCAGCGUCGGAUUCAAUCAACAACAAAAAUAGAAGCGACCAUAAGACAGGAUCAUCGCAUUAUCCUCUCUCAUCCUCCCCAUCAUCUUCUCCUUGCUGGAUGUCCUUGGCCUCCAAAAGUACAAACCAACUUCCUUCCAAGACAAUUGUGGAUCAAAUGGGAGGACCUAAUACAGGUACUGCGGCCGAAUUACAUCAUGAAAAUCAUCACGAUAAACCCUCUGUUCUACCAGAGAUUCUCCCAGGGUUCAUGGGUAGGAUGGCAGACAUUCAUCAUGCGUCGUUCAAGAGCGUCGAUGACCAUAAUGAUAAUGGCUCUUCUGGACAAGCUCACCAUAGCACCGAUGACAACAGCAACAACCAUGGCAGUAACGAUCAUAGUAAUCAUAAGGCUGAAGGAAAAUGGACUGGAGGCACCAUGUUCCCCACCAUGACAGGACCCAAGAACCCAUUUAGCAAUAAUCACAACAGCGCUAACGACAACCACCACCAAGGCAAAGCAAACCGCCAUCGCUGCCAGUCACCAACCGAAGAGGCCAAUAGAAGACUAGCAAAAAAUUCCAUUCUCUAUGAGUCUUCAGACUUACCCGAGUCGACAACCAAGCUUACAGAUGAAGAUAAUUCAGAUCUUGUUGCUGCUCAUAACCCGCCUCACCAUUCUUACCACCCAUACCGACGACGUUCCUCAGAUUUUGUCACAGGCUCUUCUGGCCCCUCUACCGCUUCGCCUCCAGUUUCCAAAACUCUUGUCCAAGGUGGCCAAGGUGGCCGUCGCUGGUCUCAUGAGCUUUCCCCUGAGAAGGCUGGUUUAGUUGGAUCUGUGGUCGAAGCCGCUGGACUCAUCAAGGAUGUGAUUCUCGACAAGAUCCAACAGCGUCCUCCUUCCGCCGGUUCGCAACGUCAACACCAACAUCCAAUUCAUGGUGAUCUCUCUACGGAUGAGAAAUUAGCAGCAGCCAAGAUUGCCUUUGGUGGCGCUGAGGAGGCUGGUGAUCAAAACAUCUUUCUCGAGGGGCUUAGUGAGCACUUGCGUCAUGAACAAGCUCAAAAAGCUGCUCUUGCUGAAGCAGAGGCUGUAGCAGAAGCAGCAGCAUCGGACCCUACAUCUUCCAAGUCAUCUUCAACAAUACCAACAAUGACAACAAGAACAACGACCGAAGACAUCUUGGGAGCUGCUCCGGAUAUGGCAAAUAAACAUAAAAAAUCUAUUUUCCAUAUGGCGGCGAAUCCAGAGACCAGGAAGAGUCUAAUCUUUGAACAUCCCGAGUCUCUAGGAUACCAUGCUCGUGAUGUUAACAACUUGCCUCCUAUUGAGGAGUCAUCCAAAUUGCAUUAUCUCACUAGCAACAAAGCCGUCGGUGGACAGCAAGAUUUGUCAAAAUCGAGUCGUUAGAACUAGAGAUUUUAUUCACACGACAAUCACAGCACCCUUCCCCUUUGAACAUUGAAGGAG